AAAGCCAGGGUGCAGUGGGGCAGCAGCUGGCGUUCAGCCUCCAGAGCACCGGACUGGCAUUGACACUGGCACACGCUAUGGCAAAUGAAGUGCAAGUCCUGCUCUCCCCGCUGAAAGGGGGGCAUCCUCCUGCAGUAAAAGCCGGAGGAAUGCGAAUUUCAAAAAAACAAGAAAUUGGUGUCUUGGACAGACACACCAAAAAAACGGGAUUAGAGAAAACAAGCGCCAUUGCAAAUAUUGCCAAACUGCAGGCAAUGGAUACCCUGAACGACACACUGGAGAAGCCUGGAUUCUGCAGCAAUCUGUCAUGCCUUGAACAUAUACAUCCUGGCAAGUCCUUCUGUGUCCCAAGUCUUCUGCCCGCUCGCUGCUCACCCUCAGCAACCAGGAACACAUGUAUGGCCACAGCUAUUUAAGAUACUGCAAACUUCCAUGCAGGUGUACAAGUCCCUCGAGCGUCUCCCACCACCACCAUUACCACCACCAACUCUUCUGGGACACUCCCAUUUCUCUGUCAGGUAACCAAAAGGUAAACACGUUUACUGGGUUUCCAGGAAGGGACUCUGAGACCCUGCUCAGCAAAGCUGUUCCUCUACUCCCUGCCUGUGCUCUUGGUUCUAGCCCCCUGAAGACCCUUUUUGCUCCUCUGUCUCCCAGUGUUAACCUGUCCGGAUAAUAAUCUGCAUCUUUAAAAAAAAAAAAAAAAAGUUUCUACAAGCCUCCCCCAGGCUAUAUUCAGGUAUACAAUUAUAAGAAUUUCAGUAGGCUAAUCACUUGAGUUUGAUUCCAUUUAAGAAUCAU